CUACGGGCGACCGUAGGCUCUAGAUUUUCGGCAGUGGAUUCAACGGGUCUGAGAGCAGAUCCCUCCCAGAGUGCUGUGCGGCAUCGCCUGCUGGUUUGCUGUCAUGGCUGGGGUGCUGAAGAAGACCACAGGUCUGGUUGGACUGGCAGUAUGUGAGACCCCACGGGAGAGGCUAAAAUUAUUAUACACCAAGAUUCUUAAUACUCUUGAGUUAAUGCCCACCAACGCAGCAUAUAGAAAGUAUACAGAACAGAUUACAAAUGAAAGAAUGAAUAUGGUGAAGGAGGAAACAGAUCUUCAGAAACUAGAGGAUCAGCUUCAGGGUGGCCAGCUAGAAGAGGUGAUUCUUCAGGCUGAAAAUGAAUUAUCACUGGCAAGAAAAAUGUUGAUUUGGAAACCUUGGGAACCUUUACUGGAAGAACCACCAGCCAACCAAUGGAAAUGGCCAUUGUAAUCAAUUUUAAAUAUCAAUGGUGUAUAAUUUUUUUUGAAGAAUCAUUAAACACCUGUUUAAAUACUA